GCCCCCCACAUAUACAUGCAUGUUUUUCGUUACCCAUUGGGUAGCUAGGCUUUUCUGAGCCCACGCAUCCGCAUCAUACGGGGCUGGUUCCUCUUACCAGUACACAACACACAUUAUCUCCGUGGUUCUCGUGGUCCUCGUGGUCUUCGUCAUGCUUCAAUAGCCUACAGAUUGGAAUCUUCUCAACGAUGCCGCAGAACGACAACAAUGAAGGGGCGGUAACAGGGAUGGAGGGCCUUCUAAACGCUCUCAUCGGAGCUCUAGAAGGCCUCAAGGCCCGCCCGCAGGUCUCGAACUCCCACACGCCAGCCGAGCAAAGCGGACCUUGGAUCGGAAAUGGGGCAACCGACUCAUCUCCCAGUCCGUCCCGAUCGACUGCCUCCUCGCUACUGCAUGAGCCUCGAGAGACGACUCCUGCGUCGGCUCCGGGAGAGGAGGUGACGAGAAAGGAGGAGGAGGAGGGAUGGAUGUGGAGACUCGGGAGAUCCGACGGGAAUGGGGGAUGGACAAGGUAUGACUACUAUCUCCAGAGCCAGAGCAUCGAGGUCCCGGAAGAGGCCGAGGUCGAGACGCCUGUGAAAAGCGUGCCAGGGGUUCUUCUGGACAUGCACGCGCCCACCAAGACCAUCAUCAUCGAGUCACCCCACCUGAUGCGCGCGCUCGACAAGUUCAACUGGCACCUAUCUUCGAAGCAUCCGCCGGACAUGACGCUGUACGACCCGUUCCCGUUUCUCUACCACCACUUGGAAGGCAUGCGGGAGGAGAUAGACCGACUCGGCAACCCGGAAGCCCAGGCAGAUCUCAAGGCACUGGAGUGCGCUCUGAAGGAGACGGGGGUAGCGUCACGGUGGAACGCGGCGCGUGCCGAGAAUGUGGACUCUAGCCAUGUUCGGUUCGACACCCUUUGGCAGCUGUUCCGUCUGGGCGACCUCGUAGUUCAUACUGAUGGUCUCGGCAACGAGUGGCUCCUCACCUUGAUGUACGCGCAGGAACAUAAGAAGAGUGUUGAAGUAGGCCAGACCGGCCGGAUCGGCCAGAUGGCCGUGGACCGCUACAUGGAGUUCUGGACUUGGGGUCUUUCAUGGAACGGCCACAAAAACAAGCUUGAGCGCAAGGCUUCCGUUUUCCGCAUCGACUAUUACGCCGGGGCAAAGGAGGUACACCUGCUAUCCAUCUACCCCCUCCAGUACCAGCGAACGCAUGAUUCCGUCGAGAAGUUAUUGCAAGGCCUAGCCGCGCGAGGCCGGCACUGGUUCAAGUUGGUUUCCUCACAAGCAUUGUGUCUGGACUACGAUGGCCCGGCACUUAGUGGAAAGACUCUCUUCAACUUCAACUCGCGGGUGGACCGGGAGCCUACCUACCUUCGGUACCUCGAUCACGACUGACUGUUCUGACCGAAUUGCGUAGGUGUCUGCGAUGUCGGUCAAAGAGGCCCGAGUAGUGGUUAGCAGAGUGUCACAGGAGCUCGCAACCGACGGCCUGGACCGCCUGCCCCCGUUUUCGGCCGCGUCCCAGCUGAGCGCUGCGGAAAUUGACAGCCGAGACGAAUACCAGUGGGACAACCUACCCGCUACAAAGGUUCUGAC